AUGUGGGGAAGACCAAGACACCCAUUCGACGAGGUUCGAGCACGCCGCGGCCUAGCCCUCUUGGCGGCAGCCGGUGUGGAGUACAAGGCACCCAGUCCCUCCCCACGGGGUGAUGAGGGGGUGGCUCCAUCGCCCCAGUCUCCCAGCCCCGAGCCCACAAAGGGCAAGUCCCCACGCAAGCGGGGGGCGGACCCUGGAUCCCUGCAGCAGCCUCUCCCAAAGAAGCUGGCUGUCUACAAGGACAUGUUUGUGGCCGUCCAGACGGUGCACGGCAUGAUGAAGGCUCGGGGGGCUCGCACCACCUUCCAGACCAUCCGCCCCGCUGUGGAGGAAGCCUGCAGCCGGCGUUUCACGGUGCGGGUAUGGGGCGUCCAGUCCAGGAGCAUCUACGUGCUUGUGUGGGAGAGGUACUCUCGCACAUGGUCUUGCCGCACAAGGACCCCCUCCUCGAAUCUGUUCAUCAGCCUCCACCCCUCAUCCCCCGCCCACCACACCCCCUCCCCACCCACCCGCUGCAGACGGAUCACCUAG